AUUCACCUCCUCUUUCUCUCCUUUUACUUGCGCACCUCACCAGACCCUUUUUUACUGUACUUUUCGUUUUUUCUGCAACUUCUUAUUUCCACUUUUUAAUCCAAACCAAUCACACAACGCAAACAAGUGACAGUCAUUCGCCAUGCCCGCACCUGUAACUUCAACCACUUCUCUCCCAAACGUCACCAGCACCAUCGAUAAAGGCAAACCUCGUGCGUCGCAUCGCACUCGCAAGACCCGUGUUGUUCGCAGGCGGGGCAGGGGCAGGGGGGACAUUGAGAGCGAUGAAGAGAUUGAGCGAGAGGUGGCCACCGAUACCGAGUCUGAAGACGACGCAUCCUCCGUCGACUCCGCCACCGACUCCGAUACAGAGCCUGUGUCUGAUUCAAACUCACACUCGCACCUUUUGACGCCCAACACCACCCAGAGCUCCGGCGAUGCUCAUUCUGUCAAGGUCGACCAGACACCCUUUUUCGAGCCCAGUGGCAACUGGUCAGAGAUGGUCGCCUCCGAAGAGACAGCCAAUGGCUCUUCCGACCUACCCGUUAUCGAUUUCGGCGAGCUGAACAGCGAAGCCAUCGACAAGCACGCCGUUCCGGUUCGCAAGCAGCCCAAGUCGCAGAAGCGGGCCCCUCCUCCCAAAACUGUUCCUCCACCGCCGCCUACAGACUCCGAUGCCACUCAACAGGAGGCUGAUGCUGAUCAAGAUGACGAUGGUGCCCCUCGACCUCAUAAUGGCCAGCGCACACGCGGCGGUUCAUACGUUAAGCGCCCGCCCGGUCAGACUGCGCGCCAAGCCUACCAGCAGCGCCUGGAGGCGGAUCCGUCCUACGUGCCGACUGUGGGAGAGUUCUGGGGCCAUGACGAUCGGCUGCUGGACAAGGGUUUGCGAAGCCUGAGCGGCUGGUGGAGAGGGCGAUGGAGAGGCCGCGGGAAUGGAAGGGGCGGAUUUGAGAGGGGUAGAGGCAGGGGUAGAGGUGGCUUCUUCGGUGGAUCAGAUUCUAUGCGCAAUCCUGCGCCAGAGUCGGAAUCUGUGGAGCAGGACGAGUUCGCUGCGGAGACGCCGAAGGUCGACCAACAGUGGGGACACGACGGCUUUGAGGAGCUGAAGAAAAGGGACGAUAAGCGCCGGGUACUUCAGCAGCAGCAACAGCAAGAGCGCGAGUCUCAGCGUGGUUCUCCUCGGCCUACUCGCGGCCUCGGCCCGUUCCGAGGGCGAGGUGUCGUCACGGGUCGUGGUCGUGGUGGGUUCGCGCGUGGCGGCUUCGUGUCUUCUCCUACUCCCUCGUCUCGCCCGGAUGCCAGCGCCAUGUCGGGGCGAAUCUGGUACGCCAUGAAGCCAGAGCGGGUUUGGACCAAACAACACGAGGCGUUCCUCUACUUUGACGCCGCUCUCAAGCCACGACCUGGCCAGGGCGCUGGCUUUGCUGUCAGGCUUCCCAGUCGCGACGCCACCGUCAUCCGUGCACCUCCCAUCGUCCCUAGCAGCAGCAAGCGGCACGAGCGCCAGGUCUCGGUCGCUCAGACGGUUUCGUCUGAAGGUGGGGAGAAGGCAUUCGUCGUUCGUAUUCCUAAGCGAUCAGGCAAGGAGAAGGCGAGCGAAGACCCUGCUGUGCCUGUCGAGCCCGCUACGACGGUUGUAGAGCCACCGCUCGAAGAGGUCUUCACUGUUCGACCUGGGUUGGCACCCAAAGCAGCACCCAUUGUUGGCGCCAAUUCUUCCAACAGCCCGAUUGUCGAACUUCCCGCAGUGGCCCCUACCCCUCCAUCCGACGAACAUGUCUCACGUCCAUCGAUUCAAAUUGCGGAUCACAUUAUGCGCGAAACCUCACAGCUACAGGUCAAGUCCCCUGUCGAGGAUAAGCUAGAAACCCCCGCUCCCGAGGUUGAUGAAGACAAUGCGCCCGCCAAGUCAUCUGAGCCUACCAGAAUACUCCCACAAGUCCCUCCCCUUCGAACGGUCUUCUCGCCUGCUCCCCAGCCAUCUCCUCCGUAUGGAUCACCGUACGGUUAUCCGCCGUCAAUGCUUCCUCCUGGUAUUGCUAUGAACCAACAUGGCAUGCCAUACGAACUUGCUACUGGCCGUCCUGUGUAUAUUCACCACCAUCACCACCCCUCCGCCGUUUACACCCCUCCGCCCAUGAUGCCUCCUCCCCCUCCUUUUGUGCCUGGCCACAUGCAUCACCAUUCGAACGCCUCUGGCGAGUUCUAUGCACCAUCCCAUACCCCUCCUAUGAGCGGAUAUAUGGAUCCAAUGUCGGGAGCCCCGAUAUUUUCUUUCCCCCGCCAGAGCUCGCGCGUCGAGAUUCGUCCACCGGGAGCGAUGGAAGGCAAGUCCGCGAGCAAGAUGCACCAGCACCGCCCAUCCACGCUUCGGACAAGCGCAGCGGCUUUCGAGCCGACGAGCGCUGUUGCCACACCUGCUGCGGAAGAGGGCGGUGCUGCGUACCACUCCGUCGACCAGGAGUCAGGCGAGACAGGAGAGGAUGUGACGUACCCCAGCGUAUCCGCUCUGGAGGCGAACGGUGAGCAUACAGACCCGGGUUACUACGGGUCGUACCAGCAGCCAUACUAUUAUCCAGAGCAGUACCAUUACCCGCAGUACUACGAUGCUGGACAGAUGCCGCAGUACGAGAUGUACAAUGCCGACCCGCAUGCGGGUUCCGCGGUGUACUACUAGCAUGGUGCUGGUCGCUCUGUUGUCGUUUCUUGACUCGUUUCUUUGAUUGUUUCGCUUCUUGCUUGCCACGGUGGGGCUUCUACAUACUUUUGGCACACGUUAGGCCCCUGUUUCUUUAUUGCUCGCUAUCUUUGACUCACGCGAUACGUUACAUACACACACACAUACAACCUCAUACCAAACUCCAUGGAUGCUCUGUCCACUGACUCCGUUGCAUGCUCUCAUCAUCUUCCCCCGUUUUUGUCGUGCUUUGCUC